CUGCCGGCUGGUGCUGGAACAAGGACAGCUGAAGCGAGGUAGAGGGGCAGCCAGUGUCUCCUGGCCUGUGGGAGCCGACCUCUCCCCACAGGGAGCCAGGGGGUCCUGAGCAGGAGGGGGCAGCCCACACAGCACGGACUCGGGAGACUCCACGUGGGGGCCCCACCGUUAGUCUGUCACCAUGGGUGAAAUAGAACAGAUGAAGCAAGAGAGCGAGCAGCUCAAGAAGCAGAUUGAGGAUGCACGAAAAGCUUGCGCUGACACUACACUUGCUCAGCUCGUUUCUGGGAUUGAAGUGGUUGGGCGCAUACAGAUGCGCACACGGCGGACCCUGCGUGGACACCUGGCCAAGAUUUACGCUUGUCACUGGUCCACUGAUUCCAAGCUCUUGGUCAGUGCCUCACAAGAUGGGAAGCUCAUUGUAUGGGACACAUACACAACAAACAAGGUUCAUGCCAUCCCUCUCCGCUCCUCCUGGGUCAUGACCUGUGCCUAUGCCCCGUCAGGGAAUUUUGUGGCCUGUGGAGGUCUUGACAACAUGUGCUCAAUCUACAAUCUCAAGAGCCGUGAAGGGAACGUGAAAGUGAGCCGGGAGCUCUCAGCCCAUACAGGCUACCUCUCUUGCUGUCGAUUCCUGGAUGACAAUAACAUUGUGACCAGUUCUGGGGACACCACAUGUGCCCUCUGGGACAUUGAAACAGGCCAGCAGAAGACAGUCUUCGUAGGCCACACAGGAGACUGCAUGAGCCUGGCCGUCUCCCCAGACUUCAAGCUUUUCAUCUCUGGAGCCUGUGAUGCCACUGCCAAGCUGUGGGAUGUCCGAGAGGGAACUUGCCGCCAGACGUUUACUGGACAUGAGUCUGAUAUCAAUGCCAUCAAUUUCUUCCCCAACGGCGAGGCCAUCUGCACUGGUUCUGAUGAUGCCACCUGCCGCCUCUAUGACCUUCGGGCAGACCAGGAGCUCAUUGUCUACUCUCACGAGAGCAUCAUCUGUGGAAUUACAUCAGUUGCAUUCUCCCGCAGUGGGCGCCUCCUCCUGGCUGGAUAUGAUGACUUUAACUGCAACAUCUGGGACUCUUUGAAAGCCGAGCGUGUGGGAAUCCUGUCUGGGCACGACAACAGGGUGAGCUGUUUGGGAGUAACUGCUGAUGGCAUGGCUGUAGCUACUGGUUCCUGGGACAGCUUUCUGAAAAUCUGGAACUGAAGAAGGAGGAAGAUUGUGGGGAGCCCUCCCCAGGUGUAUAAUUUAUUGAAUACUUCUACUGACACUUCGGCUUGCUCUGUGCAGACUUAAUGAUACACAAGACACUUCCCUACCUAAAGGAGAAGCUCAGGGAAAGGGUCCAUGUUGGCCAAGUUUCCCGACAACCUUUCUUGUCUGUCUGUCUGCUGCCCACCCCUCCCUCCAGCUCAGGGCUCCCUUGAGGCAAUGACCGCUUCAGAAAUAUAACUCAUGGAGAGGCAGCCAGCUUUCCUUUCAUGAAGAGACAGAACACCUUAAUGGAAUCCCAACAUAUUUCUAAAGUCCCUGAAUCGGAGGCAUUCAAACAGCACUAAGAAAGGCAUCCUUUUCUGGGGUACUCCAUACUUGGGGUCACCUGAAUAUUUAUUUUCCAUUUCCAUUCCAUUAGUCCACUUCAGAAACAUCCCAGGCAUAGUUUUGUUCCCUCAAAGAUAUACAGCCUUGAGAGAUUAUUACAGCAAGGACUUUGUUGAUUUUUAAUUACUUUCUCUCCAGUAAGGAUGGAGGAGUAAUUUAGCUCACUGCUUUAACCUAUGCAAUGUAUGGGGGAGCGUUUGCUGCCCUGUUGUGGGCACCAGAACCAGAGAAAAUUUAAUGUAAUUCUAUUUAUUGUCUGCCUGUAGCCACUCCUUUUCACACCACCCUACAAUCCCUCACCCAUCAUGUACUGUGUACUCAGUCUCUUUUCUUUCUCCACCCCUACCCUGUCAUCCUUUCGGUUCUCCUUAGCCACUGCUUUAAGAUGUAACUAUCAUACAGGAGUUUUAUAGCCAAGGCAAAAUAAAGGUGAAACAUCAGAUUGUUGCAAGCUUCAUUCUUCAGGAGUUUGUCUGGGAAGAAACUCUGAAACAUUCAAAAUAAAUGUGAGGGCAUCUUGA